CGACUGCGGACGCUGUAUCUGCUCUGAAGUGCCAGCUGCAGCAGCCCUGCGGAGAAGGACGCUGGAGCCAAGGGCAUGAGGAACUGGUGUCUGUGUCAGAUUUGCACCUGCGGACGGCAUCGUUGUCCACAUGGAAGCACAAGGGUUUAUGAACAUUCUGGCAUAUCUUGCCCCACAACGGAGUAUUUGGAAAAAUAUCCAAAAUAUGGCAAUGUUCUUCCACCUCAGAGUCUUAAACCCAAGCAAGAAUUUCAAGCAUACCGUGGUAAAAUGGAAGGAGUAACUACAUUUAAGUCAGAUUAUCGUCCUUACGAAGUAGUCAAGCAGCCUCGCCACAUUCCAGAAGAAUAUAAACCCAAACAGGGGAAAAUUGAUCUUGGGACUACCUACAAGCGAGAUUUUAAUCCUUAUGAAGUACAGCCUGUGGUAAAAGUCCGGCCUGUGGAAAGACAACCAGUUCAAAAAGGGAAGUUGGACACCGUCCCAACUUAUAAAGAUGAUUAUAGAUCUUGGGAUAUUCAGAAAUGUGAACUGUGUAAACCAGAGCAAGCUUACCAUCCCCCAGAUGUGAAAUUUGGAAACUCCACUACAUUUCAGGAUGACUAUGUUCCCCGGGAGAUAAAGCCUAGGCAAAGCUUCAAGCCCUGCUCUAUGGUCAAGAGUUCUGUAGGCCCCUUUCAUGGUGAUACAAGUCAUCGUCGAGAUUAUGUACCUCAUCAGCUAGAAGUUAAGUUUACAAGGCCAAAAGAAGUUUAUAAGCCUACUGACCAGCCUUUUGAGGAUCUUACCACUCACCGGAAUGACUUUCAGGGUUUUACUGGAGAAAGUGCAAAACUCUGCAGACCUGCCCACACAAGAGUAACCCCAAACGCUCAGUUUAAAGGAAGCACUGAAUUCCGUGACAGUUUCCAACCAUGGGAAAUCCCACCACCCAAAGUCAAGAAAGUAGCAGAGUAUGUGCCCCCUCAAGGAAGCAUGCAGUUACACAGUACCAGCCAUCUCGACUACGUCCCCUAUCAGGCCAGCCGCGCUGUUGCUAUUAGGCCAGUUUCUCACAGAAGGAAAAGCAAUUUUCCUUUCCAAGGAAAAAGCACCAUGAAGGAAGAUUUUCCAGCGUGGGAAAGUUGUCGUCAAGGACUUAUUAAGCAGCAGCAACAGAUUCCCAACCCGUCUGGAAAAUUUGAUGGUUUGAGCACUUUCAGAUCUCACUUUGUGCCACAUGAAUUGAUUCCAGUGGAGAGCUGCAAACCUUUAAAUGCUGCUGUUAAGAGUUCGGUUCCACUUGAUGAUGUUACCAUGUAUUCUAUCCAGUACACACCAAAGAAACAGGAAAUCUGCCCGGCUAGCUAUCCUUCUCCUCCAGGUUAUAUAUUUGAAAAUACAAAUUCCCAAGGACAUAAAUUCUUUCGCAAGAUCAUUCCUGCCGUGAAGGCUUUUUAAUAAUCAAGUAAUUUUUAUAAGAAAGCUAAUGAGAGUUCAGUUUUUUAAGAAAAAACUCAAAUUUUAUAGUGAAAAAAUACUAUGAGAGCUAUAACAUACCAUUUUUUAGCUUUUCAAACAAGUUGGGACAUAUAGAUCAGAAUUCCCAAAUCCAUUUUGUACUAAUAGUUUAACCAAGAAUGCUCUUUGUUGUUCUUGUGUUUUGUUUUUUGAACUAGGACCUCCCUAGUGCAUUCUACCUGUGUCAGUCUCUUGACCCAAGAUUGUUCUUUAAUAGACCCUUCUGAAGGUUAAAUGAUGUGCAUGCUCAUCUACACAUGCUGUUGCAUAGCUUGUCCUCAGUCUGUUACCAUUUAUACUUCUUUUUACAGUUACACAAUUAUACAGCUACUCUCAUUGUCAUUUACCUAGUACACUAGGUCUGUCUAGAACAAAAUUGAAGAUGAGAUAUGGAUUACUCUUCCAAAAAAGUCCAGGAUUCAUUCAUUCAUUCAUUCAUUCAUUCAUUCGUUCAACUUCAACGUAUUUACAGAGCCUAGAACAAGUCAAGUUUUGGUUGGUGAUGUCAGAGACUACUGCUCUGCUCCUUGUCCUGUACAACAUAGCAAGAGGCAUUGUGAUUUGAAGAAAAGGGUCCUCUGGGCUGGGAAUCAGAGGACCAGAGUUCAAAUACUAAUAUCAUCAGUUUCUAUUUGUGCCACUGUAAGCAAGCUGCUCACAUACAUACCUCUACAAUUCAUGUGUAAAAGAACAGUGGUUCUGUCUACCUCACAAAAGAUGGUUGGGAACAUCAAAUCACGUAAUACAUUUGAAUGCAUAAAGUAUAAAUGUAAGGGGUGAUUAACCCUCAGCUACUUUUUGUACUUGCUUUUCCUUUUCAAAUAUGGAUAGUUACAGACUUAAUACUCAUUACCUUAUCUCCAGCAAGGAUUGUAAAAUAACAUUUGAGUUUAUAGUAAUAUGUAUUUGUGAGAGGCAUCUGCCCACUGUAGAGUCACAAGCACCCUAUAAGUUAUGGCAGAGAAUAGAGAACUUAGAUUAAAUACUUUGGUGUGAAUGGCUGUAUUUUCAAAUGGAAAAAAUUUGCUAGAGCAGUUUUAGGGAGGACUUCCAGCUUUGACAAAAUCUCCAGGAUAAACCUAGGCACUUAUGCAUCCAGUGGCCACAUCCAGAACCACUGUUCACUAGUAAGAGCCAUAACUACCCUGGUCACCACUGAAAGUGUAAGGUAAGUGCUAAGAAGGAAGGGGAAGAGAUGCCAGUAAGGGACAUGGAAAUAGCCUACUACACUUACAAAUGCUGAAAGUUGCUAGUGAACUAAGAUCAAGUGAUUAUUUUAAUAAAUGAUCAUAUAUGGGAGAACAAGAUUGACCUUAAAAUGAAUUUUAAUGUUUUCAUAGUUGUUUAAGAUUAUAUACUGAGGAUGAAUUAAUAGUAUUUUAUUAAAUAUUUCUAAUUAAUUGAAAGGAAUUCCCCAUAUUUGCAUUUGUUAUAAAUAUAUAAUGUCUGAAAAUUUGUUUUUAUGUGUAAUUAAUAAAAUUUUGAUUUUCACAGUCA